GGACGCGCAUAUCACUGCUAACGAAAAGAUUCAUAUCCAUUCAUCGCCACCGGCGGAGAGAGAGAUGGGGAGAGAGUGCCAUCCCGCGUUGAAGGGCAUAAUCAGAGGGGAUAGAGAGAAGAAGAAGCUGUUCCGGGGCAGCUUCUCCUCGCGAGAGAUGGAAGCUCUCGCCGCUAUCUGCGAGACGGUGUUCCCUCCGCUGAGUGGGGCGGCGGCGGCGGCGGGGACGGCGGGAGGAGAGUUCGAGGGACGGAUGGACAGAGAAGACGAAGCGGUGCGCUUCUUUUAUGAAUCGUCUGGCUCUCGAGCUCCAGUGCCUCAAGAGGUGGCGGAGCUUCUGGGGAGGAGGGGACUGCUGGCGGCGGUGAUCCUGGCGCGAGUGGUCCUGCUGGUGCUGUCGACGAGGCUCGGCACGCUGCUGCUGUGCGGUUCGCUCUGCGUGGGCGGGCGGUGGCCCUACGUGAACACGUUCUCGAGCAUGGGCUCGGACCAGCGAGAGAAGGUGCUGCGGGGGAUCAAGCAUCGGUUCCUCACGCCCAUCCGGUCGGCCUUCGUAUAUCUCAAAGUCAUGUGCCUUUACGUCCUCUUCUCUCGGGUGGAUGAGAAAGGCGAAAAUCCGUUAUGGAAAGCGAUUGGGUAUCAAGUAGACGAGGAGCAGGAAAUGUUGAAACCCGACCAGGGAAGGCCGCUUGAGAAGGGAAUCAUUGAAACCAUUUACUCUACAGAUCUAGGCCUCCUCCAAUCUCUCAAGCAAAAAGGCCUGGAAGUCACACAGGAUUCCGAAAACAAGAUUUACAGAAUCAAGUGCGAUGCUGUCAUCGUGGGCUCCGGCUGCGGCGGUGGGGUUGCGGCAGCAGUCCUGGCAGGUUCCGGUUACAAGGUGGUGGUUCUAGAGAAAGGGAACUACUACACCCACAAGGACUACUCUUCCCUGGAAGGCCCCUCCAUGGACCAACUCUAUGAAUCAGGAGGCAUACUAGCAUCUUGCACUGCGAACGUGCUGACUCUAGCAGGGUCCACGGUUGGAGGCGGAUCUGCUGUCAAUUGGUCUGCGUCCAUCAGGACGCCCCAUGCUGUCCUCCAAGAUUGGGCUGAGAAGCACGGGAUGGAGCUCUUUGGGAGCAAAGAGUAUGCCUCUGCCAUGGACAUCGUGUGCAAGAGGAUUGGGGUGACCGAUCGGUGCGUGGAACAGAGCUUUCAGAAUAAGGUUCUUCAAGAGGGAUGUGAGAAGCUCGGCCUUGAGAUCAACGCGGUGCCACGGAAUUCCUCGGAGGGCCACUAUUGCGGCUCUUGUGGCUACGGCUGCAGGAGGGGAGACAAGCAAGGUACCGACUGCACCUGGCUGGUGGAUGCGGUGAAUUGCGGUGCCGUGAUCCUAUCAGGAUGCAAAGCUGAGCAGCUUGUCUUUGAGAAGAACGCUCCUGGCAGAGCGCGAAGAAAGAAAUGCAUCGGAGUGAGGGCGAAAUCAAUGAACAGCGAUAUUGAAAAUGUCCUGCAGUUUGAGGCCAAGGUCACGGUUUCGGCAUGCGGCCUCCUGACACCGCCUCUCCUGAUCUCGAGUGGACUAAAGAACAAGCAUAUUGGUCGGAACCUCCAUCUCCACCCUGUGUCAAUGGCCUGGGGUCAUUUCCCUCAGGACUCGAGCUCGCAGCUCAGCGGCACAUCCUACCAGGGUGGGAUAAUCACAUUGAUCCACAAGGUCGUUGAGGGAAAUUCAAAUCCAAAUGUGCAGGCCAUCAUCGAGACGCCGUUACUUGGGCCCGCAACAUUUGCGGUGCUUUGCCCUUGGGAGUCGGGCCUCGACAUAAAGGACCGGUUGGCCAAAUAUGCGAGGACUGCUCACUUUCUCACCAUAGUCCGGGACAGGGGGCAUGGGGAAGUGACAAGGGAGGGAAUAAUAAACUAUAAGAUGGACUCGUUGGACAAGGAGAAUAUCAGGGCGGGCCUGCAGCAAUCACUCAGGAUCUUGAUCGCCGCGGGGGCAGACGAGGUGGGGACCCACCGGAGUGAUGGCCUCAGGAUGAAGUGCAGGGGAGGGACUGCCAGUGAGUACCAAGUUGAGGAGUUUUUGGACAGGGUCAGUGCAGAGGAUGGCCCCUUGGCCAUGGAUGAGAAGUGGGCAUUUUACACUUCUGCCCAUCAGAUGGGGAGUUGCAGGAUGGGAAUCAAUGAGAAGGAAGGUGCAGUGGAUGAGAACGGGGAGAGUUGGGAAGCCGAGGGUCUAUUUGUGUGCGAUGCUAGUGUUUUGCCCACCGCUGUCGGCGUCAACCCGAUGAUCACCAUUGAGUCCACAGCUUAUUGCAUUGCCAACAGAAUAGCUGAGUAUUUGUCGAAGCAGGGAUUGCUGAAAUCGCCCAAGACGAGGAGUGACAUUCUGAUGAAUGGCAAGUGAGUUUUGGGCAGCACAGAUGUACAAAUUAUUUUUUGUUGUAUAAUAUGUUAAGCUUAUGGAUAGAAAAUCCUGGUGUUGCAGACAACUUAAUGUGUCAUAGGAGCCGAACAAAGAAGACAGGUAUAAAACUCGAAUCAUGGAUCGGCUUAAUGAUAUUCUCUGUGAAUUUGUUACGUUUGCACUUGAUGUGAAAUUGCACCAUGGUUUUGCAAGAUUAAGUGAUUUUCUGUUCGCUCCUA